AUGGAGGCGCCCCCCACCCAGCCACCACCUUGCGGAGUAUUCCGUGGGAGGUCGCCUGCCCCGGCCCUGCUGCUGGUGGCUCCGGCCUCUGCCAGAGGAGCACGCGUGCCCCGCGCCGGCAUCGGCUCGGGCCCGCCGGGGAGCGCGCCACUCCCCGCGCCCCGAGAGCCACGCUCCGCGGUGAGUCGCUGUUCUUCCCUCCCAGACCUGCGCGCGGCGUUUGAGAUCAUCUGUGACAACGUGGGAAAGGACUGGAGAAGGCUGGCCCGGCAGCUGGGCGUGUCUGACGCCAAGAUCGACGCCAUCGAGGAGCGGCACCCCCGGAACCUCAUGGAGCAGGUGCGGGAGCUGCUGCGCGUCUGGAAGAGCGCGGCGCGGGAGGACGCGGGCGUGGCCCCCCUGGUGGCGGCGCUCAGGGCCUGCCGCUUGAACCUGGUGGCCGACCUCAUCGAAGAGGACCUGGCCAGGGCCUCCGGGACGUGAGCAGGAGUGGCGCCCUCCCCGGCGUCCUGAGGCUCGGGCCCCCCGAAGGCCUGGCGCCGAGCUGCUCCCCCUGGGGCGCACGGGGCCUCUGCGCAAGUGACCAGCCAGGCCGGACCCAGCGUGAGCCCCGGUCCGCCUCGCCGAGGCCCUCUGGGCGCCGAGCAGCCUCACCG